AUGGCAAACUUUUCUGGCAGCGUCUUCGGAGAGACCCUCCAAACAAUCACCAGCACCAAGUUAGAGGAGCUCGCAAAGCAACGCAUCAGCUUUGAGGAAAAAUAUGCCAGACUGCUUGAAUUUGUGAAAUCCGAAAAAGACGCGUUAAAGCGAGUUGGCAUCCUACUCGAUGGCUUGAAGGAAUGCAUUGGUGUUCGGACCAUGGAGAGCUCCAAAGAUGGGGAAGCUGACCACGUGACUAUCAGCGGAUCAAGGAAUACUCGCCUCGAAACUGAUCUCCGGAACCUGCCCCGUUUUAUUGAGCAAGCUCGCUUUGACCCUUCUGUGUCACGUGAGGUCCUCUUGGAUUGGGAAAAGAAACUACUCCAGUAUCUUUCUAUUCAGUCCACCAAGUUCCAAUACGCCGAUCUCUACGGGAAGCUCGUCACAGAAUGGCUAUCCUCUGAAAAAUCUGCAAACGAUGAUGGCGAUGUUGAGAUGACGGAGAGCUAUGAAGAGGUAUCUAGCGCGAAGAAGCUUGCUAAUCGUGAAGAAUGGGAGAGGGAUGUGUUCCAGGCGGCUGAAGUAGAUGAAAAUGCACUACGGCUAUAUCUCGAGGACCUCUUUGUUAAUGACAAGAAAGAAGGCGCCUCAGCAAUCGACGAGUUGCGUAAGAAGGUCCAAGAAUUCGAAAAGAAUCUAACCAAGUCGACCCCAUUUGACCAUUUGUCACUUCGUCAGACCAUCGAAGGGCUACAAAACUCUGAUCUGCUUUCCAAUGAAAAGCGGGAAGCGUUGAGAGAUUUUCUCGGCAACAAUGUAAUAUUGACAGAACUCUGCGAUAUUCUCAACGUGCGCAUGGCAGCUCUUGAGAAUUGGAAUUGGGGCCCGCAGGUCCUAGUGGAACAGAGGAAGAAGAUCAACGGCGAAUUCUUAAUCCAUUUCAAUCCAGAGCUUUUGCAAGCGAUUUUCCUUCAUUACAUUGGCAUACAAUGGUCUGUGUUCUUCAAGUCCGCAUUUAGAGACUUACAUAAGCACGAGGCUUGGAAGAGCUCUUCUACUGAGGUCGGCAGAGAUGAGCGCUUACAACGCAUGCACUUCCUUGGUAAAAAAAGUACAAAUGCUUCAAAGAGUCUCGAGAAUAAACGAAAAUGCUCUCAUGACAACAGAUACUUUGCACAUCAACUACUGGACUUUGGUGCCCAAAAGGUCGAAGUAAAAGAUGGUGAGGAAGAAGCAGAGUAUAGGGAAUACACUGCCAAUAAACGGGACAACGUCAUUGAGUGGGAAUUUGCUCCAGAUCGUCCUAUGAAAUCUGCGGCUAAGCCAAUGUUCGCUCGGAGGCAUCUGGUUCCUCAAGCUGAAGUACAUGAAUCUGAUGAGGACGACGAAGACGAGAUAUUUUCCGAGGAUUCGUUUCAGGACGAAGAGGAAGCUUAUCGUCAUCAGUCCAAGAAACCUAUGGAAUCAAAGCAGAGUCUGCUUCAUCUUGUCGCCACAGAAAUCAUUUUCAAUACCCGGCUACAGGGCGAGUUUACUUGUCUUCGUACGACAUUUGAUUCAUGGACUUCACUUCUACCGCAUCAAACGAUAUCCACAGUUCUCGAAUUUCUUGGUGUGUCAAGGAAAUGGAAGACUUUCUUAGAGAGAUACCUACAGGCUCCAUUGAAGUUUGCUGACGAUCCAUCAUCUGAACCACGUUUACGUCGGCGAGGCAUGCCGAGCUCUCAUACAUUGAGUGAUGUACUGGGCGAAACAGUACUAUUGUGUCUGGACUUUGCUGUCAAUCAGGCGACUGGCGGUCCAGAUCUGCAUCGCCUUGGCGAUGAUGUAUGGUUUUGGAAUAAGAAUUACGAGACAUGCGUAAGCGCCUGGGCCAGCAUUCUGAAGUUCACCGAGGUCAUGGGAGUUAGGCUACACGAGAAGAAGACUGGCAGUGUGCGGAUCUCACAUGAUAAGAAAACGGAAAUUGACGAUCGUCUUCCUGAAGGUGAGAUUCGCUGGGGCUUCUUACAGCUUGACCCAAAGAGCGGCCGGUUCGAAAUCGACCAACACAUGGUCGAUGGACAUGUAGAAGAAUUGCGCACACAACUAAAAGGCAAAUCGAAGAGUGUUAUCGACUAUAUUCAAGCCUGGAACUCUUACGCGGCUACAUUCUUCAGCUCGAAUUUCGGAAAAGCUGCCAAUUGCUUCGGCAGAGAACAUGUCGAUAAAAUGCUCGCUACUCACCGCCACAUUGAGGAGCAAAUCUUUCCCGAUGGCAGCAUUGUCCAGCAAAUCAAGCAGAUGAUAGAAGAGCGUUUUUCUGUAAAGAACGUCCCAGACGGCUUUCUCUUCUUUCCAGUCGAAUUGGGCGGCCUGGAUCUCAAGUCACCGUUUGUGCACCUUUUGCAGAUCCGCGAGUCGGUCAAAGAAAAUCCUUACGAUUUGCUUGGUGAGUAUGAGGAAAAAGAGCGUGAUGACUACGCCACUGCCAAACGUAGGUUCGACAAUGCAGACCCGCACACUGUGCGUCCUAAUGUAGACGAUUCGGUCUCGCAACGUAAAGACACUGAUGAGUUCUUCUCUUUCGAAGAGUUUGUCAAAUACCGCGAGGUCUUUGGAAGCGUGGGAAAGGCAAGCUUGGUGAAGACUUACAAGAAAUUGCUGGAGCGACCAAAAGAACAACCUGUUGCUCUCGGCACGUCGGUUGCACAGGCUAUAACUCAGCUAUCGAGUCAGUCCAAUCUAAGAGGCAUCCUUGGUAAUUGGAAUAGCAUGGAUGCUUAUUGGAAAUGGAUCGCACAGAUGUAUGGUCCAGAAAUGAUCGACACGUUCGGCAGUCUUAAUGUUGUCGACUUUGGAUUGCUGCCUAUUGGUAUGGUGUCGAUGUUUAGACAGCGUCGUACCAAAUGGCAAGGCUGA